AUGGAAAACCAGACUUUCAGUGGGGAUAUUCUAAUCCUGGAGGGGUUAAUGGUCAGCCCCGACUCCUCCAUUCCUGCAUUUGUCUUCCUCCUCCUCAUCUACAUCUUCAUUAUGGUGUCCAACAUCGGCCUGGUUAUCCUGACCUUCAUGGAGAGGAGCCUCCAGCAGCCCAUGUAUCUGCUGCUCUGCAACAUGAGCAUUAAUGAUGUUUUGGGGGCCACGGUAGUUAUACCUCCUGUACUCAGAGAUCUUUUAAUGUCAAACUCAGAGCGGUACAUUCGAUACAGUGACUGUGCCAUUCAGGCCUUUUUUGUUCACCUCUAUGCAGGUGCCUCUCACACUGUGCUCAUGAUCAUGGCCUUUGAUCGCUACAUGGCCAUCUGCAACCCUCUGCGUUAUGCCACCAUCAUGACCACCAGGAUGGUGGUGAUGCUGUCGGUGUGGGCCUGGGGAGCAGCCUUUGUGCUGGUAGCGAUCCUCAUAGGCCUCAGCGUCCGUCUGUCACGCUGCAGGUCAGUUAUAUUGAACUUGUUCUGCGAUAAUGCCACCUUGUUCAAGUUGUCCUGUGAAAAUGUGUUCAUUAAUAACAUCUAUGGUCUCGGCUACACGGUGCUUCUGCUGGGCUCCUCCAUUGGCACCGUUUCUCUGACCUACCUGAAAAUUGCUGCAGUGUGUGUGCGCAGUAAAAACAGGGUGCUGAACAGCAAAGCGCUGCAGACCUGCACCACCCACCUAGCUGUGUACAUCAUUUUGCAUGUGUCUGGCUUCAUCAUUGUGAUCCUGCACCGUUUACCAGAUAGUUUCCUGACUGAGAAGAGGACAUUGGCAGUUGUCCUUGGACAUGUUGCCUUGCCUGCCCUGAAUGCUGUUAUCUAUGGGUUGCAAAUGAAAGAGAUGAGGAGAUUUUUAACAAUAUGUUGA